AUGGCGGACAGUAACGUGAUUCCGCUGCCGCGGACGGAGCGCCGAGAAGCGGCCAUGAAGAGAGCGAAGCCCGGCAGGUUUGACCCGGAGAAGGAGGGGGUGAAGCGGCGGAGGAACGCGGAGAGUGUGGCAGCGCUGGGGCAGCAGGACAGCGGCGUGAAGCUGCUGGAGGAGCUGGUGUUCGGGACCGAGGACGAGCUGCUGCACAGGCUGCUGGAGGAGGAAGAGGAGGAGCCAACUGGAGCUGCCGUGGCCGAGGAUAAAGAUGAAGAAUCACCUGACGACGAGGAUCAUCAGCAGCAGCAGGGAGUGGCGAGGAAGGGUGUCUGGGUGGAUGAGGAUGAUGAGCUAGAGGAAGAUGUGGACAUGACACAUCGUUACCGUAGGCAGCUAGUGAGGGGCGGAGCCGAGGCAUCCAUGUCCAAUCAGAAGCUGCAGCAGAGGAUGAAGGAGCAGUUUGUUAAGGUGAUGGGAGGAACUCCAUCGUGGGCAGAGAGCAGCGAGAGGAAGACGAGGAAGACUGCUGAUGAUGAAGAUGAUGACGAUGAGCAUGACCUGCUGACGAGGACAGGAAACUUUGUGGCGUGUUCAGAUCGUCUGCCCGGUGGCGUCCUGAGGAUGAAGAAGUGUCUCCAUGCCAACAGCGCUCGCCCAUCAGACGACAGACUGACCAGCGUUCACUUCCACCCAUCCGCUCAGGUCGUCCUGACGGCCGGACUCGACCAAUCCCUGUCGCUCUUUCAGGUGGAUGGAAAGACCAACCCAAAGAUCCAGAGUGUCCACCUGGAGCGCUUCCCCGUCCACAGAGCCGCGUUCACCGCCGACGGCACCGCCGUCAUUGCCACGAGUCUGAAGAACAAGAUGUUCUACGUUUACGACAUGAUGGAGGGACGAGUGACGCCGGUGCACGUGGUCAGAGGUCUGAAUGAAGCCAGAGUCAAAGAGUUCUCAGUUUGUCCUGAAGGAGGCGCUCUGCUGCUCACUGGAACCCGUGGCUACCUGCAUUUCCUCACACUCAAGACUAAAGAGGUCACUGACAGUAUAAAGGUCAAUGGUGAUGUAAGCGGCGUCACCUUCACACGCGACGGCAGCAAAGUCUUUGUCCAAUCAGAGCAGGGACAGGUGUAUGUGUAUGAUGUGCGCAGAUCGUCUCGGUGUGUGAGCGUCUUCUCGGACGACGGCUGCGUGAGGGGGACGUCCAUCGCUGCGUCUCCUGACGGGCGCUACCUGGCCUGCGGGUCUCAGUCGGGUGUGGUCAACAUCUACUCUCAGGAGGCGUGUCUAAAUUCAGCCAAUCCAAAGCCUGUGAAGGCUGUGAAGAACCUGCUGACCUCUGCCACCUCCCUGACCUUUAAUCCCUCCUCCGAGAUUCUGGCCAUCGCCUCCCGAGCCGAGGACGAGGCCGUACGGCUGGUCCAUCUGUCCAGCCUGAGUGUCUUCUCUAACUUCCCCGUCGCUAAGAACAAGUCGAUGUUUCGAGUUUCCAGCCUUGACUUCUCUCCACACAGCGGCUUCUUCUCAUUGGCUAACAACAAAGGACACGCCCCCCUCUUCAGGUUACUGCAUUACAAAGAAUUCUGAGGAGAAACUCGUCAUCGACAAGUUUAGUGAGUGAAGAGGGAUGUGGUUGCCAUGGCGAUAGUUUUUGUUUUUAAAACGCUGUUUUUU